AUGGAAAGAGCCUAUGAUAAGAACGUGGGCCAUUACGGGUUUGUGAAAACCCUCCAUUUAAUACGGAGGCGGUUUUGGUGGCCGAGCCUUCGGAAGGACGUGGGAGCGUCCACAGGAAGCUGCCCGAUUUGUGCAACCGCCAAAGGGAGCAGGGGGAAGCCCCGGGGUCUCCUCCAGCCUGUAGCAACGCCAGAAGGCCCUUGGCAAGAAGUCGCCAUGGAUUUUAUUGUGGAGUUACCCGAGAGCAAGGGGAAGAUGGCUAUUUGGGUAGUGACGGACUUGUUUUCAAAACAAGCGCACUUCGUGGCUUGGCAAGUUCCCACAGCGGAGAGGCUGGCGCGGAUGUUUGUGCAGCACGUGUAUCGAUUGCACAGUGCCCCCCGCUUAAGUGCCGUUUCUUCCCUUUCCCCGCGAGCUGGCAAAGAAAGGGCACGAAGCUCGAGGCGUGCAAGGAAUGGGCGGGACCAGCCUCGGCAACCCGUUUGCGGGCGAUUCGGGGAGGUGCUGCAGGCGUACACGAGGCGGGGCCAGGAGGAGCUACCGACGUCCCUGGAGGACCGGAGUUUCACCCAGCACGAGGCUCUCCACCGACCCUUUGGUUGUGACACUGAACCACAGGCACUGAAUGAAGCCAUCAGGUGGAGUUCCAAGGAGAAUCUUCUAGGAGCCACUGAGAGUGACCCCAAUCUUUUUGUUGCACUUUAUGAUUUUGUAGCAAGUGGUGACAACACACUCAGCAUCACCAAAGGUGAGAAGCUACGUGUAUUGGGUUACAAUCAAAAUGGUGAAUGGAGUGAGGUACGCUCCAAGAAUGGGCAGGGAUGGGUGCCAAGUAACUAUAUCACUCCAGUGAACAGCCUGGAGAAGCAUUCCUGGUAUCAUGGACCAGUGUCACGUAGUGCAGCUGAAUAUCUGCUGAGCAGCCUCAUUAAUGGCAGCUUCCUUGUUCGAGAAAGUGAGAGCAGUCCUGGACAGCUGUCAAUCUCGCUCAGGUACGAGGGACGUGUUUACCACUACAGGAUCAAUACCACCACAGAUGGCAAGGUGUAUGUGACAGCUGAAAGUCGCUUUAACACAUUGGCAGAACUAGUUCACCACCACUCAACAGUAGCUGAUGGCCUAGUAACAACUUUGCACUAUCCAGCACCAAAGUGCAAUAAACCCACGGUCUAUGGGGUGUCACCGAUCCAUGACAAAUGGGAGAUGGAAAGGACAGAUAUCACCAUGAAGCACAAACUUGGCGGAGGACAAUAUGGUGAAGUGUAUGUUGGAGUAUGGAAGAAAUACAACCUUACAGUUGCAGUGAAAACACUCAAGGAGGAUACUAUGGAGGUAGAGGAAUUCCUGAAAGAAGCUUCUGUUAUGAAGGAAAUCAAGCAUCCAAAUCUGGUACAGUUAUUAGGUGUGUGUACCCUAGAACCCCCCUUUUAUAUAGUAACAGAAUAUAUGCCCUAUGGUAAUCUGCUGGACUAUCUACGAGAGUGCAAUCGGGAAGAAGUGACUGCUGUUGUCUUGCUAUAUAUGGCCACCCAAAUAUCUUCUGCUAUGGAGUAUCUGGAGAAGAAGAACUUUAUUCACAGGGAUCUAGCAGCUCGGAAUUGCUUGGUGGGAGAAAAUCAUGUGGUGAAAGUAGCUGAUUUUGGAUUAAGCAGACUGAUGACAGGGGACACAUACACAGCUCAUGCUGGAGCAAAGUUUCCUAUCAAAUGGACAGCACCAGAAAGUCUGGCCUAUAACACAUUCUCAAUCAAAUCAGAUGUUUGGGCCUUUGGAGUAUUGCUGUGGGAGAUUGCCACUUAUGGAAUGUCCCCCUAUCCCGGCAUUGACCUUUCUCAAGUUUAUGAUCUGCUGGAGAAAGGUUACAGGAUGGAACAACCUGAAGGUUGCCCACCAAAGGUCUAUGAACUCAUGAGGGCAUGCUGGAAAUGGAGUCCCCUAGAUAGACCUUCAUUUGCUGAGACUCACCAAGCUUUUGAAACCAUGUUUCAUGAUUCUAGCAUCUCUGAAGAAGUGGCAGAAGAACUUGGAAGGACUGCAUCCUCUUCUUCUGUAGUUCCAUAUUUGCCCCGAUUACCUAUACUUCCUUCCAAGACUAGGACCUUAAAAAAACAAGCAGAAAACAAAGAGAAUAUUGAAGGAGCUCAGGAGACCAUAGAGCAUUCUGCAUCCAGUUCUGCUCCAGGUUUUAUUAGAAGCACACAGCAGACCAGUGGAUCCCCAGCACUACCUCGCAAGCAGAGAGACAAGUCGCCUAGUGGCCUGUUAGAAGACACUAGAGAAACAACCUUUACCAGAGACAGAAAAGGUGGUUUCUUUAGCUCCUUUAUGAAAAAGAAAAAUGCCCCUACGCCUCCCAAACGCAGCAGUUCCUUCCGUGAAAUGGAAAACCAGGCUCACAAGAAGUAUGAAUUAACGGGUAACUUUUCUGCGGUUGGUCCAUUGCAGCAUAUUGAUGGAUUUUCAUUUACUCCCUCCCAGCAGGAUGGAAAUCUUUGCUUAUCCAAGUGUUAUAUUGGGAGCUUUGCACAGCGGAACCUCUAUGGGGAAGAUGGUGGUGGCAGCAGCAGUGGGGGCACAAGCAUUGGUAGUGGUUGGUCAGGCAUCACAGGCUUUUUUACACCACGCCUGAUUAAAAAGACAUUGGGCUUACGAGCUGGGAGGCCCACUGGAGGUGAUGAAGCUUCAAAACCUUUUCCUCGAUCAAACUCCACAUCUUCCAUGUCCGCAAGUCUUCCUGAGCAGGAGAGAAUGGCAAUGACUCUUCCCCGAAAUUGCCACAGGUCCAAAGUUCAACUGGAAAGGACAAUAUCCACUUCCUCUGAGCCUGAGGAGAACACAGACAAGUCCAGUGAUUUUCUCCCUAAAAGGUGUGAAGAAAUUCAUACGUUGACCAGAAGCCGACCAAAAACUAAACUUCUGCCAAGGGGUGCUACAGCUGUUCCUCUCAGGACACCUUCGGUGGACACAUCUGUUUCAGAGAAGGAUUGUCAAGGGCCAACAGCAGCAGCAAGCCUGAAAAGCAAGGAGAAAAACAGUGCGAUACGACAGGGUUCAGUAGAAGGGGAAGAAAAACCAGGCUGGCCUUCUCCAGCCAAGGCUGCAGCAAUACUUCCAACCACUCAUAAUCACAAAGUGCCCGUUCUCAUCUCACCUACUCUAAAGCAUACACCAGCUGAUGUGCAGCUCAUUGGCACAGACUCUCAGGGGAAUCGGUUCAAGCUCUUAUCUGAGCAUCAGGGCACUGCUUCUAGUGACAGGGAUAGACCCAGACGGAUAAAACCAAAGUGUGCUCCACCUCCGCCACCACCUCCACCACCACAAGCAGUCAUGAGGCUCCUUCAUCAGCCUCCAGGUUCCUCAGAUACAGUAGAUGAGUUGGAUAAUGGAGCAUUGGUACAGCAUGGCCAAGAUAGCGAGGGCAGCAAAAAGGCAGUAGUGGCACCUGCUAGUGGAAAAGCUGGAAGGCCAGUAAUACCUCCACCUCAAGUGCCUUUGCCAUUGUCUUCUUCACCUGCUAAAAUGGCAAAUGGCACAGCAGGAGCUAAAGUUGCGCUGAGAAAGACCAAACAGACAGCUGAGAGAAUCUCAGCAGACAAAAUCAGCAAAGAGGCACUUCUGGAAUGUGCAGACCUCCUCUCCAGUGCCAUUGCAGAGCCUACCACAAAUAGCCAGCUGGUGGAUACUGGGCACCAACUAUUAGAUUACUGUUCAGGUUAUGUGGAUUGCAUCCCCCAAACGCGCAACAAGUUUGCCUUCCGGGAAGCUGUAAGCAAACUGGAACUUAGCCUGCAAGAACUGCAGGUGUCGUCAAUGGCUGCUAAUCUGCCCGGAGCAAAUCCUGUACUUAAUAACUUAUUGUCUUGUGUUCAAGAAAUCAGUGAUGUUGUUCAGAGGUAGCUACUGUCAAAUCAUCUGGUUAGGAGGAAAAAAGUUCACAAAAUUGAGAGAAGAGUCAGGGUGACUUCUUCUAAUCAUUUUUUUCCUAUGUUAAUGUUUUGAAAGAAGAGACUGAUACUUGAGUAAGUUUUAUGUGAAGUACCUCAGAUCACUGAGCUCACAUGUUUACAGGUUCAUCUCAGUACAUGGGGCAGAUAAGAGGGAAGCUAAGCUUCACGGGGGUCAGAUGACUGCAGCUGAGAUGGGCAGAAUAUUGAGAAUUUGCCCUGGUGAGAAAAUGUAUUUGUAAAAAUAGAGCUUGUGCUCUUAUUCCACUUCUGGGAGGAAGGAGAUUCCAUGAAGGUACCUUUGUUCUGAUAAGGUAUUUUGUUCUCUUUGAUGCUGUCCAGUUGAUUAGAAUUACUGGAAAAGAGAUAAGAUUCCUUUUCUGCACUACUAUGUGUUUUAACCUUCUGAGAUCAUGGCAGAAAGGUUUAGAGGUGCCAUCGAGUAGAUCUUUCCAAGAAAGAGGAUAAUUUUGAGGGAAAGUCUGUUAUAUUUAAAAAAAAAUGGAUUGGCGCUGCAGGAAGUGCAUGCACUAGCCUGUCUGGUAGACCUUCCGCAGUACAAUUUGCUGCUGUAAUCGGAGAUGCAAAAAAGUAAAGACAAGAGCUGAAAUAUGAAAUGCAUCCCCUUUUAUCAUCCCCAUCUCAUAUUUAUCACUCACACAUUCACUCUAUCACAGCAUCUUGAAUGACAGUUUAAGCAGACUUGCCACUGGAUUUCCCACAAUCACACCCUACACUCAAACUGCUGUCAUCACCAUGUUGGUAGCAUAGCAUGGUUAGCUAACCAAUGGCAAUCACUUGAGUGCUUUGGGGAAUAGCACGCCUCAAGAAUCUGUUACUUUGUCUCUGGUUUUGAACUUUGGUACAGUGGUGGCUUUGCUAUAUCUUUAGGAGCCCUUCUGGAUUAAAAACACUGCAGAAUGCUGCUGGUGUUCUCUACAUUCCUUUUUUAAUUGUGCUUACCUUAAUGUCAUUUCUUCUUGAGGGAACUAGAGACCUGAGGCCUUCAUAUUUUCUAGUAGAAUUAUAAAUGGGCUCUUGGAGUACCAAUUCAGGUGUAUUGCUGAUAUAUAUUCUUUGUUUAGAGUUUUGCUUUAUUUGUAGUUUCAAGACACUGGCUGCACAUGGAUUCAUUGUAAGUGAUUAGUCUGUACAAACAUGCUGCCAUCUCCCUUCAGGUAGUGCAGUUCCAACACCGACCCAUCUCUGAAAGUCAUCAUGCUAUGGGACCACUACUUCCAAAAAUCCACUGAUACUAACUAAAGAAAAUUGGUUUCUUCUGUGAUUAAUGUGACCUCAAACUAGCAAUUGCACAACAUGUUUGCUCUUAAAAGACAGAGAAAUCAGGCUGUAUGCUUCCAUGAAACCUUUUUUGUUUACCCCAGAUCCCCUGAACUCACUCUAUUUACCAAAAUUCAGCAAGAAACUGUUGAAAAAUGGAGCUGUAGUUUCCCACUAUUUUUUUGUCAAGAAACAAAAUAAGGUAGGUAUAUGAUAUUUGGGAAGGAUUAAUGCAAAGAAAUAGUGGAAACCCCAUCUGAAACGCCUUGAAAAUUCCCCACAUACCAUUGUGAUUCUGUUCUCUUUUGUUCUCUGUAGCCUUUAGCCACCAAUAAAUAGUUAUGGUAUGGCCUCAGUCACAGGUGGGUUGUUCGUUCUUGCCUUAAACCAUAGAUGGAAGGUUUUCUGGCCACACUGUUUGGAGAAGGAAACUGAAGGCACAUUUAUGCUAACCAGAGUGCUGCCAUUUUUGAGUUUUCCAGAAAUUACACUGAAUAUGUAGCAUUAUUAAAGAGGGAAAACCCCACAGAAUGAAAACACAUUUGGGGUCCAGUUCUGAUUCAGAGCAAUAACAGUCUUCACAUGGUGGAGAACAAGCAGGCUCUGCAGUGUUUCAGAUUCAAAGGGGAAAAAUGCUUCAGAGUAUCCAAGGGUAUUGACAAUUUCUUAAACCCAGUUUGUCUUUUCCUGGGAUUGUGCAACAGCUGACACCCUAGUAUGCAGAUAUUUUAAGUAGUUUUCAACAGGUGCUAUGUGAUUGCCCCCCCCCAAUCAUUUUUCCCCUUUGAAUCCAAACUGCUACACAGCCUUAGAGAACAGUACAUGCUGCAGAUGUCCAGUUUACACCUUUUUCCAUUUUUGAGCAGGAAAAAUUGGGUAUCCAUAUGUAUGCCUACAGUAAUAUGACGUUGAUAUAGGAGGAUAUAGGGUACCCACUCUUACAAUGCAGACAGUUUUUUUCUUGAUGGCUUUUGGAGUCAGCCUCAGUUGACCAUCCUGUCUUCAGUUCCUUUUCUGUUUCCUGAGAGAAUUCUGGAUUUGGGCUAUUCAUAUAUUAUUUACAUGUUGGGCAAUAGUUUAUAUAGUAUGUUUAAGUUUGCCGUAUGCUGUUCUUAAUACAAAAUCUGUAUUAAAAAUGCAAGGGCAUGCAACUUCAUAUUAGUCUGGGACAGUUCAUAAAAAACUUUCCCACACAGAGCUCACAGAAGUUACUGUUCCAACAUAAAUUGACUUUGUUCUGAUAAGUAACAAAUAGCUUAAAUAUGGGAUGGGGAAAAUCUGCUUGUUCUUCUGACAUUGCAUGCACACACACACCCUCCCAGUGUGUACUGUAGUUCAUAUCUGGAAGCUGCAGGCCCCUCUUGCACCAGACUGUUAAAAAAUCAGCCUGUUUAUCAUAGAAUUUACAUUAUAUAAUUGGAAGAGUUUAUCUAGACCAUUGAGUCCAAUCUCCUGUUUGAUACAGGAAUCCAAAUAAAGCAUCCUUGACAAAUGUCUGUCCAGCUUCUACUAGAAGACUUCUAGUGAAGGGAAAGUCUACUCUCUCACAAUAAUUGUUUUGACUGGUGAACUGGUCUUCCUAUCUGGAAGUUAUUCUAACAUUCAGCAAGAAUAUGGCUUGCUGAAAAUUUUUCUGUGCCCUGGUAUUUGUUCCCCUCUGAGGAAGUUCGUACUUACAACUGCUUGUAGCAUCCCACAGUCACGUGAUCACCAUUUGAAACCUUCCCUGCUGGCUUCUCACAAGCAUAGUCAA